AUGAUCAACCAGAGCUUAUCCAACCUGGCAUUGGUCAUCAGUCGACUUGCCGAGUUUGCAAAGUCCUCCGACAAGAACAAGGACAAGAAGGCUAUUGAGCACGUCCCAUUCAGGAGUUCGAAGCUGACUUUCCUGUUGGAAGACUCGCUGCGUGGCAAUUCCAAGACGGUGAUGAUUGCGGCGCUGUCUCCUGCCGAGUUCAAUUACGAUGAAACCUUGAGCACCCUGCUGUUCGCACAGAGUGUGAAGGCCGUCAAGACCAAUGCAAGGAAGAAUGUGAACCUGGAGGAGAGUCUGGUCCAGGAGCUCGAGGCGGAGUGCGAACGACUGCGCCAGCUCGUGAACUCGGAUGCAGGAAACAACCAGCUCCAAGAGUUGGCGGCGUUGGAGGAGAUGCAGAGGAAGUACGGGAGAGACUUCCAGGAGCAGCUGAAGCUGGCCGAAGACCUGCAGAAGCAGAGGGAGCUGCUCUUGGCAGAUGCCGGCCUCACCUCCCUGGAGCUCACAGCAAGUGUUGGCCUGGAUGAUCGUACGCCGCAUCUCCUCAACAUCUGCUACGACCCGGAGCUGAACGGCUGCUUGAUCUAUUUCUUGCAGAAGGGAGUGACCUGUAGCCUGGGAGCCGGCCCUGGUACCCUCAUCGCGCUCAAGGGCCUGGGCAUGCAGCCCAAGAUGAUCGAGAUGCGAAAUGAGGACAACCGAAAGGUCAUGCUCACGUACAUUGCGGGCCGCGUGCUUCUGAACGGGCGCCAGCAACACCCCGGCGAGGCGCGGCUGUACCACAACGACCGCCUUAUCGUCGGCCACGCGUUCUGUUUUCGACUCGUCAUCCCCAGCGAUAGCUAUCAACCAGAAGAUGUCCCGCUGGAGACGGCUUUGGAGGAAGUGGAGAUGCCUGAUGACCCGGCCUACCAGCAGUGCUUGAUGUACGCGAAGAACCUCCAGAGCCGCAUUGGCGACGUCCGCGCGCAGCAGUUCCGGAAGAGCUUCCAAAAGGUCUGCCGCCUUGUGAACGAGGCCAAUGAGAUGGCGCAGGCGUUGUGCCCCAAGGAACGGCUCCUCUUUGGCGCAGAGGUCCUGACGGACUGUUUCGGGACAGAUGCCGAGACUGUUGAAAGCAUUGUGCGGGUGAGAAAGCUGGAAACGGGGAAAGCGCGCUGGCGAGACGUGGUGAAGUCAAAGGUCUUGGACAAGAAGGAAGCACCGUGGUCCUUGCUCGACACCUUCGUGACUGUCAGCAUGCAGAAAAAAGUCGGCACCAGCAGCCACACCAUACUUCUGCUCAACGUCGACGAGUUCAACCAGCGCUUGCAGCACUUCCGCGACCUGUACAAGGCUGUUGUCACCGAUCACCACAGCUUGGAGGACAUGCCGCUGGCAGAGCGAGAAUGCUGGGGCCGGCUUCCGCCAUGGAUGGCUGCAGAACUGGACCAUGAGCUUGAGCAGGAAGAGAAGCUGGAACAAGAAAUUGCGAAAAGAAAGCCGAUCGCACAGGGCCACGAAAAGUCAGAAAACGAAGCGUUCCUGGAGGAGAAGCUGGCAUGCAUGCAGCAGCUGCUUGAUGUCAAGGAUCGGCGGAUACAGUCCUUGGAACUGGCGGCUGAAGCCCAGGGAUCCUCCUACCGCAAGUCCGGGGGUCGGCUCAACGAACGUCGACACUCCACGCCGUCCUUGGGUGUUCAGAAGCGCCCAGAGGCCCCCACAACCCGCCGGCAGGCUCACAGACAGCUCAUGAGUCAAGUGCAGGAGCUCAUCCGCAGUGGUCAGGAGAGGCACGAGGCCAAGAACAAGAUGCUAGAGAGGCACUUCCAGGAACUGGAAAGCUGCGGCUCCGGCUAUCUGGACCGGCUCAAGACGUUGCGUGCUGAGGUGAGCAGCGAGGUGGAGUCCCGGCAAAAUGCCGAGAUGCAGGCGCAAGUCCUGGAAGAGGAGCUGCGCCUUUGCCGUGCCGAGCUCGAGGGCAGCCGGUCUGCCCUGCGUGCCGAGUUUUCGGCCAGCCAGCAGCUCCUGAGCAACGAAUGCGAUGCUGCGACCAGCCUGCUGCUCUGUGCGACAGAGCAACUGCAAAGCUCAAGCUCCAGCACAUGA